AUGGCGCAAUGCCAUGAGGAUGUCGCUGUGCUUUGCCCGCACCCCAUACUCGGUGGUGCGGCCUAUUUGCGCUCUGACAGCCCCAAGUCUGAGGUGACGACACCGCCGAUGAGCCCCAUGGUUGACACUAGCUUGCCGCCGAGUUCUCCCAUCACGUCGCCAGCCUUGUGUCACUGUGGGCGUCCUCCAUUGGACUCUGGCAAUGUCUCGGUGCUUGUGGUAUGCAAGGGAUCAGACAUUCCUCUCGUUAUUCCAGCACGGGGAAUACUUCGCCACGAUUACCUCAAAUUCACCUUCAAGCAGAGUUUUAUCGAGACCGUGCUCGUCGAUGACGUGCGAGGCUUGUUGCCCUACCAGCGCUACUGCCCUCACCUGCGUAAGUUUACAGAUUAUCCGAAGCACGCCGACAAGCAGUACUUGCUACCUGGGGACAUCCUCAUCUACCACGAGAAGGGGAGCACAUGGCGUUCGACUGAAGCUCAGAUCUCUAACAUACAGGCUGCAGUGAGCACGCAUCUCCCUGCGCUCCUGGCUACUGUGGACACGUUCGUGAAGAGCGAUCCCAACACUCCAUCAUCCUCUUCGUCUGGCUCUCGGUAUAUCCCUUCAACUCCUUCGACCAGCGGGAACUCCAAGGCCGGGAGUAGCCUGAGCUCCAGCACGCGUGUGGGCAAGUGCGCGUUAUCACCGAACAUGGAGAUGGAGGGGAGGAGAUCGAAACAGAUGGACAACAGCAAGGCGCGUGAGGUAACAGACUAUGAUAUAGAGCUGACGGACAAUGAGGUGGAGGCGAAGAUUGUGCCUAAUGACGACGUUCCGGGUGAGGUCAUCAAGAUUGUCGAAGGCAAAGAGAUCCACUAUAUAAUGUAG